AUGCCUGCGCACGAGCAUUUAGGAAUUAUCGUACCUUUGGAGCCCGCGCAUCUCACCUGGUUGCCAAGGGCCGUUGCUAAGGACGCCACCAAGACGUCUCCGAGCACACAGCGGACGAGUCUUCAAGAAGGGAGAAUCAACAAGAAUCAGCUGAUCGAUGCUUUCCAGUCAGCAGGUCAGCAGGUCACCAUGAAGGACCCCGGAGUGAAGCUUGACCUGUAUAACUACGACCUGCCUCAGCAUGAGUCGUGUCCUUACAUCCUGACGAGUCCCAGGUCUUUGGAGGCUUGCAAGAGGCUAGGGAUAAAGCCCGUGGAACUCCUGCCGAAAUCCAGAGAGGAGUACCAGGCCGCCCACCCGGAGAUGUCGCUGGAGGAGGCGCUGGUCGCCUUCCACCGCCAGGAGAGGAACAGACUCAAGCGUCUGCGUGAGGCGAGGGAACUGAGAGACAGGCUGCUAGUUGCUGAGGAACGCCGCGCCAGACAGGAAGCGUCGGGCGCGAGCAGAGCAGACGUCUCAGAGCCGCCUCCUCCAGGAAGGUCAUCCGAACAGGGCGAGAAAGGGGAGCGAGAGAACUCAGAACAAGAGAAGGAAGAAGGCGAAGAAGAAGAAGAAGAAGAAGAGGAAGAAGAGGAGGAGGAAGAGAGUAAGGAGAGCCUCAAGGAGGCAGGAAGGAGCGGCCCGCCCUCGCCUCCUUCGCUGACGAGGAGAGAGAGCGAGGCGUCCCACGCCAGCGCCUCGUGCAAGGAGCAGAAGGAGCAGGAGAACUUCGCCAGGAGUUUGGUGCAGCGCCAGGCAUCCACGAGCAGCUGGGAGGACGCGGAGAAGAGAGACGCCGGGAAGGACGACGGAGGAGCCGCGAGGGCGGCGAGGCCGAGGGCGAGGGCCGCGGAGGGCGCGGCGGCCGAGGCGGCUGUUUCGCCCAGGAAGCGCGAGGACGCCGUCGCGGGCUCCUCCAGGGACGCGGUCGGCUCCUCGGCGCACGACCCGGGUCCUCCGCCCCGCCUGGACCCGCGGAGGGCGGCGUGCUCGCCCGGCGCCGCGCGAAGGGCGUCUAGGACGGGCGGCCCGCGGCCCUCGAGCGCUCAGCGCGCCCGACAGGCGCCCCACAAGCCGCCCUUCGACUUGACGCCGAAGAGCCCUGCACCCAAGGACGCCCCUGAAGUCUUCACGAGGGUCCCCGGGGCGCCGUACCGAGCGGCCUCGAGCCCCAAGCCCGCCACAGGAGCCAAGAGGGCGCGGCGGCCGGCCUCGGCCACGCUCAAGAGCUCCUCGGGGCUGCUGAAGGCUCCCGCCGGUGGCGCGCUGCUGGCGAAGCACCUCACCUUCAAAGGCGUUCCGGGGGCGGCGCCCACAGGCAGAGCGACGGCACUGCGUCCGGCCAGCGCGUCGCAGGCCAGGCUGCUCAGCAGGGGAUCAGGGACGUGGCCUGGCAAGAGCAGCAGCCUCCACAGCCUCCACAGCAGCAGGAGCCGGGAUGCUGCUGCCCCUCACGCCGCGCCACAGCACCGACCUCGAAUCACUUGGGCAUCUCCGGCUGCUCGUCGUCAGGGGCACAGAAGGAGCUCCGACUCCACCACCUCGCUGGCCUCCUCCCUCAGCGAUGGCGGCGGCGGCGGCGUGGCCGACUUCCUGCUGGAGCCGCCGGGCACCGAGAGCGACGAAGGGCCUCCGUCCGCCAACUCGGCCGCCGAGUGCGACCGCCUGCCCUCCGGCGCGGCAGGAGGCAAAGCCGAGCGGAGGCUGGCGUCGCCCUGCAGGUUGGAGCCCCGCCUCCCGACGGUGGGCGUGGUGUCGCCGGGCGGCCGAUGGAGCCCCCGCAGCGACUCCACGACGCUCACGCCCGUAUCCACGCCCCGCCUGCCCCGCCGUCGCCUUCCCACGCCCGCGAGGACGCCGUGCCCCAAGACGCCCACGAGACGCCGUCCGGGGGUCCACAGGAGGGUGUCCAGCGCCCGGCCGGCCAGGAGCGCCGCGCCGCCCGUCAGGAUGUCGUUCACGGGCAGUCUGGACGAGAUAGCUGGCAUGCGGGCAGAGCGAGGGGCGUCGCUGGGUCUGGGCGGGGCGUCCUGCAGCCUGGAGCUCCCCCGCCCUCACAGCGCCGCCUCCUCCGUCGCCUCCUCCUGCGCCACCUUCAGGAUGUCGCGACCCACCUCCGGGCUGGCGAGGAGCCGCCCCUCCCGCCGCCCCGCCUCCGCCCUCGGGAACGCGCCCCGCAGCGACACGUGGAGCCCGCGCCUGAUGCCCAACCACCGCUCGAUUAGCACGGUGUCGCUCGCGGAUUCGCAAAUCCUCGCCAGGUUCAUGGACGGCCUGGAGAACACGGAGGUGCCCGCCCGCGACCUCCGGAUCCUGGAGAUGCUGGCGAUGAAGCACGAGAAGCUCUACGCCGAGGAGCAGCGGUCGCACCUCGCCCACCGCGCUUGGAACCUGCAGAAGGAGAAGGAGCAGAAGGAAGCAGCGGCGCAGUGGGCGGAGUGGCGCGCCCACGUGAACGAGAAGCGGCGCCACGAGAACGACGAGAACGAGCGGCGCUGGAGGAAGACCCAGGACACGUACCGCCAGAGCCAGGAGAAGCUGGCGCAGAUCAUCUACGGGAAGGAGCGGCGCGCCCUCGAGCUGCUGGGCGAGCAGCACGACGCCAGGCUGCGGCGCCUGGGCGAGCGCCGCGCGGCGGAGGCCAGUCGCAAGGCGGCGCAGGAGUCGGCGCUCCGGGCGAAGGAGGAGGCGGAGGAGCGCAAGCGGCAGCACCUGAUCCAGCUGUGGGAGCGGCAGCAGCAGCUGGUGGAGCAGCGGCGGCGGGAGCGGGAGGAGUUCUUCCGGAAGGAAUCCAAAGGAGGCCUCCAGGUGCCCAGACAGCCGCCUUCAUUCACACGGUCCCCUGAACGAGAGGAGAGUAGACCAGAAGGAAAAAGGGAAGAAAGAGACAUAGUGUGA